AUGCUAGGAAACAACGAUGAAAAUAACAGUGAAGUUGUAAAUUUAGUAAUAGUUGGAGAUCCAGGAAUUGGGAAAACAAAUUUGAUACUUUCAUAUGCAUAGGAUUAAUUUAUGGCUGAAUAUAUGCCAACAGUCUUUGAUCACUAUUUCAGUGAAAUAGAAUAUAAUGGACAUCCGACAAAUCUUGAAAUAUGGGAUCUUAGUGGCAAAGAUGAACACCAAAGUUUGAGAAAAUUCGCUUACUCAAAAGCUUAGGUAAUUGUGGUCUGUUUCUCCAUGAUGGAUAACAAAACUUUCAAAAGUGUGUAGUAGAAAUGGCUAAGAGAAAUUAGAGCUGAUGACAAGCUUAAAAGUAUACCUUUGGUAUUGGUUGCUACUAAAUGUGAUAUGCUAGAGGAUCUUGAUACUUUAGAAUCCUUUCAUACAAAUAAUAAAGUUGAUUUAUAGCAGGCAAAAAAUCUAGCUGACUUUGAGGGCUUUGUGAAAUUAAUUGAAACCAGUUCUCUAUUUGGGGAUUGCGUAAAAAAUGUCUUCGAUGAAGCAAUAUAUGCAGUCUUAAAGAAUAAUUAAAAGUUUGGUGGUAGCUAAUCAGGUAAUAGAAACAAGAAAAAUAAGGUAGAUGGAAAUGAAAAGGAAAAGAAAUGUGAGAUAUUUUGA